CGCCUCCAUCUGAUCUCCCCCGCCCGCUGGAGCGAGGAGCGAGGAGGUGGGGCGGCGGCCAUGGCGGCAAGGGAGGAGCCCCGGAUGGUGACUGGUGCUCUGCUGCAUAAACCUUCGGCGCUUCUCCCAGGCAAGCAACCGUGAUGCGUGGAGCAGCAUUCCCAUGAACAGACUCCAUGAUCCUUAUCUCCCUCCAUUGACCCCGUUCUGAAAUCUCUCCGGUUAGUUGCUCGGGCCAUGCGCUGGAGAAAGGAUCGCUCCUCCCCCUAGCAGUUCGACACACCGAAUCAGCAGGCGGCCUUCGAGCUUCUGAACUCUGAACAUCCUCCCAUUUUCAUGCAGGAUUGUUCAUCCGCCCUGUUCACUCCAUGAGAAUUUGGUGCUCAAUCAUCUCCAGUGAGUUCGACGCCUACUGAUUUAUGCGCAUAGAAAGUCCAUUAACUUGUGGGCAUCUGUUUCUCUCCAGUUGCCAUUUUGCAUUGUGCUGCUCGCCUGCAGUUUCCAAAUUCCAACCAACAAUAUCUAUUUUCCAGCACAUUAUUGUCUUGAACUCUUGAUAAUUUUCCAGCACGCAUUGCUGCAGGCACCUCCAGGUUGCAGACUGGAUUCAACUUGUAAAAUACCAUAUCACAAAUUCUCAAGCACUAAAUGUUGAAGUCAAUUGAAAAAACUGACAGCGGUUCACUGUUCUGUGCUAGGUGACAUGACACAUGCGGUGUUUCCUAUCCAUUGUCUCAGUUGAGCACUUGUCAUUUGUCAACUGUCAUCGCAAGUGGGACUUCUCAAAGUUUGGUUCUUCCUUUCCUGAAUGAAAAAAACAAAGGAACAAAUUAUUAUCACCAAGUUGGCUGUUAAGAAGCAUAAUAUCGGCUCAGAUCAGCAAUGACGACACAACAUAAAAGCCAGAGAAGACUUUGGCGAAAACGAUGGGAUCGAGCUGUUAGCCAGCAGUCAUGCGUCAUGGUGAUCCUGCUCUUGCCGACUUGCCGUGGCAAUAUAAGUGAAGAUAUGAAACACCACCAGAUUGAGAAUCUAAGAUAGGCUACACAGCAACAUUUCAUCACUGCAUCAAUAAUGGCGUCUGCUGUGACCAGCAGCAGUGACAAUGAGCAGGUCCUCCCUACCAUCGACGCUGACCAAGCACACGCCCUCUUGAGCUCUGGCCAUGGCUAUAUUGAUGUCAGGAUGCAGGAGGACUUUGACAAGGGCCACGCACCGGGUGCUCGCAAUGUUCCCUACUACCUGUCAGUCACGCCACAAGGGAAGGAGAAGAAUCCACGCUUUGUAGAGGAAGUGGCUGCACUCUUUGGGAAGGACGAUGGCUUCAUUGUGGGUUGCAACACGGGGAACAGAUCCAGGUUUGCAACUGCAGAUCUUCUAAACGCGGGGUUCAAGAACGUGAGGAACCUGCAAGGUGGCUACCGCUCCUUUCUCCAGAGUGCAAAUCAGCAGCCAGCUCAACAGCCUUAGGCAUCACCAGUUAAUGCCAGUUCGUGCCUGUCUGUAUUGUUCAUUAUUUGGCUGUCCAUUUCGAAAAGUUUCAGUAAGAGAUCCUGGUGAAAUUCCUGCAUCCACAGGCUGUUGAAUCUUGUGAUGUAAUGAACAUUCAUGAAGUAGUGCUCCAAAAAGAAAUGUGAGGCCAGAGGUGAUGCUUGCUAUAUCAAUUUGCGAAUAUAUAUUCUACUGUGGAACAUGUCAUAUUAUAGCAUUACAAGUAAUUGAAGUACGUAAUGACCUUUUUACAACAA